UCUCUUUCGCUCUCUGCUCGUGUAUGUGUGUGUGUGUGUGUGUGUGCAGACAGGAGGUGGAGGUGGAGGCAUGCAGAGCAGCAGCAGUAUGUAGCAGCAGCUCCAGGUGCUGCUGCGCGCACGUCGCCUCCCUCACGCGCUCCUCCUCCUCCUCCUUCAUCCUUUUCUCCUGAACGCAUCGCCCGCACAGGCAUUUCCGGGGAUUAUAAUUUUCGGGUUUGUGUGUGUGUGUGUGUGUGUGUGUGAGAGAGACAGAGAGAGAGAGCGAGAGAGAGAGAGAGAGAGAGAGUGUGUGAGAGGAUUAAUUUAUUUCAAGGACUCAGUGUGUGUGUGUGUGUGUGUGUGUCCAUGCUCGUUGAACGAGCCUCGUCUCUUCAGACUGAAUCAUGGCGAGCGACUCCCCGGCGCGGAGUCUGGAUGAGAUAGACCUGUCUGCACUACGGGAUCCAGCUGGUAUCUUUGAGCUGGUUGAACUGGUUGGUAAUGGAACCUACGGACAGGUCUACAAGGGUCGCCAUGUCAAGACAGGACAACUGGCUGCCAUCAAGGUCAUGGACGUCACUGGAGAUGAGGAGGAGGAGAUUAAAGCAGAGAUCAACAUGUUGAAGAAGUACAGUCACCACAGAAACAUCGCCACCUACUACGGAGCCUUCGUGAAGAAGAAUCCUCCAGGGAUGGACGACCAGCUCUGGCUGGUGAUGGAGUUCUGCGGUGCCGGCUCCGUCACAGAUCUGAUCAAAAACACCAAAGGGAACUCACUGAAGGAGGAGUGGAUCGCCUACAUCUGCAGAGAGAUCCUGAGGGGUCUGACUCAUCUCCACCAGCACAAGGUCAUCCACAGGGACAUCAAAGGUCAGAACGUGCUGCUGACUGAGAACGCUGAAGUUAAACUGGUUGACUUCGGUGUGAGUGCUCAGCUCGAUCGUACGGUCGGCCGGCGGAACACAUUUAUCGGGACACCAUAUUGGAUGGCUCCGGAGGUCAUCGCCUGUGAUGAGAAUCCUGACGCCACGUACGACUUCAAGAGUGAUCUGUGGUCUCUCGGCAUCACAGCCAUAGAAAUGGCAGAGGGAGCUCCACCUCUGUGUGACAUGCACCCGAUGCGAGCGCUCUUCCUCAUCCCCAGAAACCCCGCCCCCAGACUCAAGUCUAAAAAGUGGUCAAAGAAGUUCCAGUCGUUCAUCGACAGCUGCCUGGUGAAGAGUCACAGUCAGAGGCCGAGCACCGAUCAGCUGCUCAAACACCCGUUCAUCAGAGAUCUGCCCAACGAGCGGCAGGUCCGCAUCCAGCUCAAAGACCACAUCGACCGCACCAAGAAGAGGAGGGGGGAGAGGGAUGAGACAGAGUAUGAAUACAGCGGCAGCGAGGAAGAGGACGAGGAGAGAGACAUUGGAGAACCGAGCUCCAUCAUCAACAUCCCCGGCGAGUCGACACUGAGGCGGGACUUCCUGCGUCUCCAGUUGGCCAAUAAGGAGCGGUCGGAGCUGAUCCGGCGGCAGCAGCUGGAGCAGCAGCAGAAUGAGGAACACAAGCGCCAACUGCUGGCCGAGAGGCAGAAACGCAUCGAGGAGCAGAAAGAGCAGAGGCGACGACUGGAGGAGCAACAGCGCCGCGAGCGCGAGCUGAGGAAGCAGCAGGAGCGCGAGCAGCGGCGGAGGUAUGAGGAGAUGGAGCAGCUCCGCCGGGAGGAGGAGAGGAGGCACGCUGAGAGAGAACAGGUGAGAGGACACCUGACCCAACCACCGGACGUCACGACAUCACAGGAGUAUAUCCGUAGACAGUUGGAGGAGGAGCAGAGGCAGCUGGAGAUCCUGCAGCAGCAGCUCCUGCAGGAGCAGGCCUUACUGCUGGAGUACAAGAGGAAGCAGAUCGAGGAGCAGCGUCAGGCUGAGCGUCUGCAGAGGCAGCUGCAGCAGGAGCGCGCGUACCUGGUGUCUCUGCAGCAGCAGCAGGAGACGCCAGCACAGCGCCCCCCGCAGGACAAGAAGCAGCUGUACCACUACAAGGACCAGGCGCCGAGCAGCAACGACAAACCCGCCUGGGCCAAAGAGGUGAUGCGUCGAGCUCAGAGCAACUCGCCGCGCAUCCCACCCAAGAAAUACCACUCGUUCAGGGAGGCCCGGCACGUCAACCUUGACAACCUCCUGCGACUACCGGGCUACAAGCCACGCCCCCGCCCGCCCUCAUACCCCGCCCACGUCAGCCCGUCCAGGGACCACCCCAAUGUGCCUCGAAUCCGCGUCACAUGCGUCCCCGAGCGCAGCCUCACCCCCGACUACCCUCGGCCACUGAUGCGCCGCCAUAGCCCUGAGUACAGGGGGCGGAGCCCGGACUCCAGGGGGCGGAGCCCCGGCCGCCGGGUGGAGGAGUUUUAUAAGAUGAACAGACAGACUUCUCCUGCGUUGCAGCACAAAGUGUCCAACCGGAUCUCGGACCCGACGCUGCCGCCACGUUCCGAGUCCUUCAGCAGCGGAGGCAUCCAGCAGGCCAGGACUCCGCCCAUGCACCGCUCCGUCGAACCACAGAUGGCACACCUGCUGCAGGUCAAGGGUCAUGGCCUCUCGGGCUCUCAGUCCCUGUAUGACCCUCACGGUGUGUCCUCCUCUUCCUCCUCCUCCACCUCGGCGUCGCCCUCCCCCUCCCGGCCUCCCAUGCCCCGGCAGAACUCAGACCCCACCUCUGACACCCCACCUGCCCUGCCCCUCUCCCGCCUGGCGCCCCCCCUCGACAAGCUGGACCGCAGUUCAUGGCUGCGGCAGGACGAUGACAUGCCCCCCAAGGUUCCUCAGAGAACGACCUCCAUCUCUCCUGCGUUAGUGAGGAAGAACUCCCCGGGAAAUGGACCUGGCCUCGGUCCUCGGGCCGGAGCUCACCUCAUACGAGCCAGCAACCCCGACCUGCGGAGGAUCGACGUUUCCAUGGAUACGCCCCUAAAGAGGACGAGCAGUGGCAGCUCGUCCAGCUCCAGCACGCCCAGCUCCCAGGGAGGAUCCAACGAGCGCGGUCAUUCAGCCAAUCAGACUGAAGGCUCCACACUUUCAUCACAUGACACCAAAGACGAUGGCAGAGAGGUGACACGACCGAGUCGACCUGCAAGCUAUAAGAAAGCUGUAGAUGAGGAUCUCACGGCUUUGGCCAAAGAGCUGCGGGAGUUGCGUCAGGGGGAGGAGUCAAGCCGGCCGCCCGCCAAAGUCACCGACUACUCGUCGUCCAGUGAGGAUUCUCACAGCAGUGAGGACGAGGAGGGAGAGGGUGGAGCCAACGAUGGCACGGUGGCCGUCAGCGACAUACCGCGCAUCAUGCCGGCAGCGAGUCAAAGCACGAGCGAGUCGCUGAGCGCAGUGGGCGGUGGCCACGGCGACGGCAGCCACAGCGACGCGUAUGGAAACAGCUCACAGGACGGAACGCUGAUGAUGCGUGAGUACGGGAUGGGAAGUGGCGGCGGCUCCAAGGCGUCCUUCACGCCGUUCGUUGACCCACGGGUCUACGGGACGUCACCGACCGAUGACGACAAAGACUCCGCCUCAGCGCUGUUCGCCGACGAGCUGCAGAAGCAGGAGCAGGAGCUGGAGCAGGCGCGACUCAACGAGGCCAGAAAGAUCUCCGUGGUCAACGUCAACCCGACCAACAUCAGGCCGCACAGCGACACGCCCGAGAUCCGCAAAUACAAGAAGCGCUUCAACUCUGAGAUCCUGUGUGCAGCACUAUGGGGCGUGAACCUGCUGGUGGGGACAGAGAACGGUCUGAUGCUGCUCGAUCGAAGUGGUCAGGGAAAAGUUUACAACCUGAUCAACCGACGGCGCUUCCAACAGAUGGACGUCCUGGAGGGACUCAACGUCCUGGUCACCAUCUCAGGGAAGAAGAACAAGCUGCGUGUUUAUUACCUGUCGUGGCUCAGGAACAGGAUCUUACACAACGACCCCGAGGUGGAGAAGAAACAGGGCUGGAUCACAGUGGGAGAACUGGAGGGCUGUGUUCACUACAAAGUCGUGAAGUACGAGAGGAUCAAGUUCCUGGUGAUCGCUUUGAAGAACUCGGUGGAGAUCUAUGCCUGGGCACCCAAACCUUACCACAAGUUCAUGGCCUUCAAGUCGUUCACAGAGCUGCAGCACCGGCCCCUGCUGGUCGACCUGACCGUGGAGGAAGGACAGAGGUUAAAGGUCAUCUACGGCUCCAGUGUGGGCUUCCACGUCAUCGAUGUGGACUCUGGAAACCCCUACGACAUCUACAUACCCUCACAUAUUCAGGGUCAGGUGACCCCGCACGCCAUCGUGGUUCUGCCCAAGACGGACGGCAUGGAGAUGCUGCUGUGCUACGAGGACGAGGGCGUCUACGUCAACACCUACGGACGCAUCACCAAAGACGUGGUGCUGCAGUGGGGCGAGAUGCCCACCUCCGUCGCCUACAUCCACUCCAACCAGAUCAUGGGCUGGGGAGAGAAGGCCAUUGAGAUCCGCUCCGUGGAGACGGGACACCUCGACGGAGUUUUCAUGCACAAGCGAGCUCAGCGAUUGAAGUUCCUGUCAGAGAGGAACGACAAGGUCUUCUUCGCCUCAGUUCGCUCCGGCGGCAGCAGCCAAGUCUUCUUCAUGACCCUGAACAGAAGCUCUAUGAUGAACUGGUAACCUUUGACCUCCUCGUCUUUGCUGAGAACAUCGCCCACCAUCAGGAGAGAGGGAAUUGUGUGUGUGUUUGUGUGUGUGUGUGUGUGAGACUAUGUGUGUGUUGAGGAUAUACGACGAGCUGCUGGACCCCACACCUGUAGGGGGCGCCACAGCCUCACUCUCUCUCUCUCUCUCUGCGGACUGUUGGACCACGGUGACGUUUGUCCCUGAGGACGUUAAAGGACAUGGACGCCGCGCCCGUGUCGCCUUUGACUUUCCCAUUGGAUUGAAUGGAGGAGUUCUUUUGUGUAGCACAUGAGUGAUUUUCUCACAGGGUUUCCCGACGUCCUCUGCCACACGGUGUCGUCUUAGUGAGUACGAACUUUGGUAUCUGUUAACGUAGCAUAAGUGACGUCGACAUCAACGCAACGCGGCGGACGUGAAGUCCACACAAUGUCCACGCUGAGGUGUUUUCCUGUCUGGCCUUGUGUGUGUGGACACACUAGCUUCAUCUUUUCCACCGCAACGAGACGCGACAGCGAGCCAAGUUCACAAUCGUCCGAAGCCGUUUUUUUUCGUUAUUGUGUGUUCCAGUGGUGCAGGGAGGUCGUAACAUCCCAGAAUCUUUAAAUUUGAACCUUUAUUUAAAACAGGCUACAUCCACACUAAUGAUAGUGAGUUCCAACGAUGAGUGUUUUCAGUAUAAUUAAAGUUACGUUUUCAGAUUUUUCAGCUUCUUACAUGUGAAUACUUUCUGAUUUCUUUGCUUCAUUUAAACAAAGAAAUCAUUCAAACGUUUGUGACAUUGGAAGUGUCAUCAUUUCCAGGUUUGACAAACACUGAUCAAUAUUUUCCGACUUUUUUAAGGGAGCAAACGAUGAAUGAAGAAAAUAAUCAACAAUGAAAGUAAUUGUGUACGUUCUUCAGAAGGGAAACUGAAAGUUUUGUGUUUUGUCGUCACAUCGUAGUCGUUGAGAAACGAUGUGAUGUGAUAAUUGUGUUAUUGUUACCUUUAAGUUUUCAAACACAACCAGAGCCAGCAGCAUUUUAUAUUUCUGGGUAUUUUUUUGUCUCCGGAGCAGAAUUUAGUGUGAACGUAGAGAAACCUGUGACAUCAAACAGCUGUGAUGCCGCUCCCGGUUGCGACUUCCAAGGGCAACUGGAACACGCUAUGACUUUUGUAGCAAAAAAAAUAGAAAGACAAGUACAUAAAUAAAUAAAUAAAGUGACAUCCGAGGCGUCAGAAAUCUGUGGUUAAUGUGUUUUCCGUUACCCGAAAAACAGCGGUUUCCUGGCGUGUUUUUCAGAUUGUAGAUAUUGUUAUUAUCGCUGCGAGAGACACACAAUCACAAAAUCACACAUCACAUCAAAUCGCACACCAGGAGUAGACGGUCGAUUUGAAAAAAAAUGUGGACGUAGUCUUCUGGUUUCUGUAGUGUGGAAGGAACUAUUUACUUUGACUGGCCACCAGGGGGCGACACCUUGUAUUGUCCGAUAGCAACCUGAUUGCAGAGUGACGUCUCAUUGUCGACAUUGAUGCUGGUUAAAUCACUAAAUCUGGAGGCUUGACCUGAGCGGCCGGUCACCAACACUUUUUUGAUGAAUUCUAUUUGUAGUCGGAACUCGGAAUUUCCAACUUGGAAACUUGGAGCAACUUUACCAAAACUUCACCACCGUAGAAACACUGCUACUUUUACCGCAAGUAGCACCUUUGUGGUUUUUGUUUCUCAGUGAAUCAGUCACAAAUUUGCAAAUCUGCGCAAAAAAAUACCACAUUGAGCGUUUUUUGUCGGCUGGUAUUAUCGGUAACAGCUAGCCCGACAUACUUCUGUGACUUCUUGUCUUGAACAUGAGGUUGACAUCACUCCUGAACACCUGAAUAAGAAAACACCUACUGCUGCCACCUUGUCGAAAUAGAUGCAAUACAUGUUAGGAAAUACACUUUUUUUUGUCUUUGUAAUAUCAUAUUUCUGACGUUUUACGUGAUUGACAGCUGGUGUUGUCCAAUAGGAGCCCGGUUCCAGGUGACGUCUGUGAAUUUUUGGGGGUUUUGUUUUGCGACCAGAAGACAACGUCCAUUUCUUACAUACAGUCUAUGUUUUUAGCUUCACUGCCUCCUGUUUGUUUUCUGCACAUUUUUACUGUUCACCGCACUCGUGUAAAUACUCACGUAAAUGUUAACGUAAGGACAAAAAGUCUCAGAACAUGAGAAGGAAGGUUUUUGUACGAAUGAAGACGUUCUCUGUAGUUCAUCACGUUCUGUUGAAGUGAACACUGGCAGGUCCUGGGAUGGUGAGAGAUAAACUUUUUGGAACUUCUCUUCACAUCUGGACUUUAAUCUGGUACACUGGAUCACGUCACAUUUUUCCAUUCCACUUUUCUAUAUUGUCCUUCUCCGUUUGCUCAUUUCUUUUUGAACAAGUGUAAGCGACGCGGUGGCGUCUAGUGCGGCUGAAGCCUUUUACAUGUGCGGGAUGUUAUUUGACACCCUGUGAAUAAAGGUGAGGAGGGGGCGGGGUCAAUUUGAGAGGUCAUAGACGACAAAUUAAGAUAUAAAUAUAUGUAAAGAGAGAGAGAUACUGUAAGAAUUUUCUUUCUGAUGAUAUCUUACCGACCAUUUAGAGGCAGACGGGGAAAAAAAUUAUGUUCACUUAUUAUUAUUAUUAUUAUUAUUAUUAUUAUUAUUAUUAUUAAUAAAGCUUAGUUGUCUUUCUACAGAAUAGAGAACAUAGCUAUAAGAAUUUCUUAAAAAAAAAGAAUACAAUGUUUUUAUUGUGGUAUUAUUUGUAUUUGUAUUUCAAUUUUUGUACGUAUAAAGACUGUGAACGUGUAUGCGUGAGUGUGUGUGUGCGUGAGUGUGUAGGCGAGCAGGUGUGUGUGUGGCAUGCAUGUGUGUGUAUGUUUUCACCUCGUCUGAAUCACCUGAAUCAGUCAGAAGACGACCUCAAGUCUGGUGACACACAUCUGUGAUGUUGGAAAUUGUACAAUAAAUGUCCUCUCCUUGUACAGCA